ACCGGACAUGCCGCGAUUCAACUCGGCAAGCGGUGCAGAUUGAGGACCUCGCUGCAAAUCUUAAACAUGGCCAAGGAAAUGACUCUGUACUGGGGCGCCGGCUCUCCUCCGUGCUGGAGGAUUCAGAUCGCCCUGGAGGAGAAAGAGCUCCGCGACUACAACAGCCACCAACUCUCCUUUGAGAAAAUGGAGCACAAGUCGAAGAAAGUGCUCGAUAUUAACCCCAGAGGCCAACUCCCGACCUUCCAUCACGGGCAACUGGUCAUCAACGAGUCAUGUGCCGCCUGCAUGUAUCUGGAGAGUAAGUUCAAGAAGCAAGGAAACGAGCUGAUCCCAACAUGCUCCAACGAACAGGCCUUGAUUUACCAGCGCGUGUUCGAGGCCGUUCCACUUGGCCAGAAGCUCGGUGAUGUCAUCUAUUACGAGUGGAAGGUUCCAGAGGGGGAGAGGCACGAGUCUGCAAAGCAGAGGAACAGAGAUGCUCUGGCGCUCGAGCUCAGCCUGUGGGAGGGGUACUUGAAGCGGACUGGACCUUUCCUGGCAGGAAAGACCUUUUCCUUGGCCGAUGUCGUGGUUUUUCCAAACAUCGCCUACGCCUUCCACUAUGGGUUGUGUCCUGAGCGUUUCCCUAAACUGGCUCAAUAUUACAACUUGCUGAAGGAGCGUCCCAGCAUCAAAAAAACAUGGCCUACAAACUGGGAAGUCAAAAAAGAUCUGCUCAAAGACCUCCAAAAUAAAUGUUAGGUUUUUUUGGGGGAGGGUUUGGGGGGGUUCUACAGAGCAGCGAUCACGUGAAUAAGAGCGCUCUUCACAUUGCAUGUCAAAUGUCAUCUUGUACUUCUUUUAAAACGUGCGACUCUUGCAGUUUCAUAUGUGCCGUGAAAAUCAAUAAAAACUCACUUACAAAUAAAA